GUCCGUAAGUGUGUCCCCCAUGGCGUGGUUGGCUCUCCUCUCCUCGACCAAUCCUCCAGCCGCUUGCCUUGCCCGCCGCGUUCAUUCACUGGCCGAACAUGACGUGCAGGAGCUCCUCAAACACGGGCUUGGAUAACCUGACGGACGACACAGACCGACACACAUCAGGUUAGGUUAGGUUACACACAGAGAGGGGAAGCUCUGUAUAUGCCACUCACUCCUUCCCUCAAUCCCCCGCUCCCCACCUCCCCACUGACUGCCUGACCUGUAAGCGAGAUAGUAGACAGCCCCGUAGAUGGCCCCCGCACAGUGGCCGAUGAUGUCGAGGUGCCCCGUGGCCAUGUCGAGCAGCAGAGACGCCAGGAGCACCAGAGGGGCCCGCAUGGGGUAGCCCAGGAAACGCAUGACUCGAUUGGGGAGGUGGAAGGCGUGGAAGCUCAUCAUCGCAUACAUCCCGCCGUUGCCUGCAGGAUCCAACCAACCAACGAUGUGGGCAUCAAUCAAUUAACUAAACAGUAAGCUCUGUGUGUGUGUGUGUGUGUGUGUGUGUGGCUCACUUCCGAGUCGCUCCACGUUCUGGUGCAGCAGCAGCUUGGAGAGGACCACCGAGCACAACAGAGAGAACACACUCCCACCGAUGUACAACCUGACAACAACAAACACCACACGGUCAUACAUCCUUGUUGGCCUCAAUCGACUUCUCCCCAUCGCACCGCGCCCAUCGCCGACCCGAUCCGACCUGUAGAAGGCAACCGCACCCAGGCUCCUUCUUAGCUCGGGUGAGAAGGUCAGGUAGGCGAACACAUUCACUAUCAGCUGGAACACAUCCGCGUGCGACAGCGGCGCCAGGAGGAGCGACCACGGGCGGGCGUAGAGGUUGUGGUACGACGCGACGAAGUGCUUGCCGACGAAGAUGCGGGCCAGCUGCCAGAGAAAGAAGACGCUAAUCUGUGUGACGACCAGGACGUUGAGCUCCUGCUCGAUGGUCCACUUCUGACGCAUCGCGGGGAUGGGGAUGCCCAGAGAGAACCAGUGACGCGCAAGCCCUGACAACACAGGCAGCCAGGCAACACACACACACGCACACACACACACCUCUCUGUGUCUGUAUGUGUCCUUUGGUGCCUCAUAGGUAUCUCUUUCACUCACCUAUAAAUGUGUCCCGCGGAUGGAAAUACACGCUGCAGACGAGAAGGUCAUAGUAAUGCCGCUCCUGCGCACAGCAAAGUAACGCACACACACCAGACACUCCUCCAUCCAUCCAUCCAUCCAUAAGUGCCUCCAGCCAUGGUUCUAUCCAUCCAUCCAUCCAUCUCUGCCCGGACCUGGACGCCCAGCCACUUGGCGCUAUCCUCGAGCAGCCCCUGUAGCUUGGCCUUGAUGUUGUGCCGCUGGGCGUGCAUGUACCGCCGCAGAUCUCUCUCGCUCGGGUUGGUCAGGUAGAGGCACACCAGCGCCGCUGACACGCAACACACUUGCACGGGGACGGUCAGCCGUAUCCGCCACCGUGUAGGUCUUCUGGGUGUGGCGGCAGCAGGCCGCCGGGCUGCCCCUUCACCAGCAGCGGAAUCGGUCCGCCGCUCCUCGACCAUGAUUUGAUGAGUAAGCUGCACCGUCAAGUGAUUUCUAAGUGACGUGGAAAGCC